AUGGGAUCGUCUCGUAGCUUCCGACAGAUUGUCGAUGGCAACGCGAAGAUGACGCUGGGCAUGAUCUGGACCAUUAUCCUUAGAUUUGCCAUUCAGGAUAUCUCGGUGGAAGAAACCUCGGCGAAGGAGGGCUUGCUGCUGUGGUGUCAGAGGAAGACGGCUCCCUACAAGAACGUCAAUGUGCAGAAUUUCCACAUCAGCUGGAAAGACGGUCUUGCUUUCAACGCCUUGAUCCACAGACACAGACCGGAGCUCAUCGAAUACGACAAACUCAGAAAGGAUGACCCCGUGACGAAUCUGAACAAUGCCUUCGAAGUGGCGGAGAAGUACCUGGACAUCCCCAAGAUGCUGGAUGCAGAGGACAUUGUCAACACAGCUCGCCCCGACGAGAAAGCCAUCAUGACCUAUGUGUCGAGCUUCUACCAUGCCUUUUCUGGGGCUCAGAAGAUGGCCGUUUUGUCUCUUGUUGACUUGGGAACCAGACCUCAGCUCGUUCACACGGAUAUUGUAGGCACUCUCAGGCCCGAUGAGAAGGCCAUCAUGACAUACGUUUCCUGCUUCUACCACGCUUUCUCGGGUGCUCAGAAGGCCGAGACCGCGGCCAACCGCAUCUGCAAAGUGCUGGCCGUCAACCAGGAGAACGAGCACCUGAUGGAAGACUACGAGAAGCUCGCUUCCGACCUGCUGGAGUGGAUCAAGCGCACCAUCCCUUGGCUGGAGGACCGCAGCCCGCAGAAGACCAUACAGGAGAUGCAACAGAAGCUGGAAGACUUCCGCGACUACCGGCGCGUCCACAAACCCCCCAAAGUGCAGGAGAAAUGCCAGCUGGAGAUCAACUUCAACACCCUGCAGACGAAGCUCCGGCUGAGCAACAGACCCGCUUUCAUGCCCUCCGAGGGAAAGAUGGUCUCGGACAUCAAUAACGGCUGGCAGCACUUGGAGCAAGCCGAAAAAGGCUACGAGGAAUGGCUGCUGAACGAGAUCCGGCGCAUACGGAGGGGGACAAAGCCGCAUAACGGGGAGGUGACGUCCUUCGCUCCUCUGUCCCUAGGCAAGGAGGCCAUGCUGAAGCAGAAGGACUACGAAACCGCCACGCUGUCGGACAUCAAAGCCCUCAUCAGGAAGCACGAAGCCUUCGAGAGCGACCUGGCAGCGCACCAGGACCGCGUGGAGCAGAUCGCGGCUAUCGCGCAGGAGCUCAA